GUCACAUUUCUGUUAUUGCUUCGCCAGUGUGUGAACAUAGCAGAGUAAACUAAGUAAUUCUCACCCGAGUCGUAAUAACGUCCCAAUUUUUUCAGCAAACUAAACAAAAUGGUUGGUAAGGGUCGUCACAAUUUCCAUGAGGAGUCUGAAGCUUCCAUCAACAAGCAAAUCAAUAUUGAGCUGAAUGCUCAUUAUCAGUAUUUGGCACUGGCCGCUUACUAUGAUCGCGACGACGUGGCUCUCAAAGGCUUUGCCAAAUUCUACAAAGAGUCUGCUGAUGAAGAAAAUGAACAUGCUCAGAUGUUCAUGAAAUACCAGAAUAUUCGUGGAGGACGAGUAGUAUUGACUUCCAUCAAUCGUCCUGCCCAACAAGAAUGGGCAUCCCCUCUGGUCGCAAUGGAGUUUGCUCUCAAUCUGGAAAAACAAGUCAAUCAGUCUCUGCUGGAUUUGCACAAGGUGGCUGGCAUUCACAGUGACCCACAUCUUUCCAACUAUUUGGAGGAGCACUUUUUGGAAGAACAAGUGCAGUCCAUCAACAAGUUGGCCAAGCACCACACCAACUUGCUUCGUGUAGGUGAUGGUCUUGGCAUCUUCAUGUAUGACAAGGAACUGCAGUCCUAACUGGGUGCUGUUGUCAUCUACUGGGACCAACAUUUUAGAAAGCCCUACUAAUUUGGAAACACCUGUAUCCAAUAGCAGAGUCUGUUGACCUUGUAGUUCCCAGAUACUUUAUGUUAGCCUGUACCAUUGGGCUGAGUGAAUAAAAAUUCUUCUUUACCAACAAUACACCUCAUUUUUCAUUUUGUA